AUGCUUAAUUACUUGAGUGUAAUUGGGUCAUUCCAAGAUGGCGAUCAAAGUUCCGCAUGGCUAGUACGAGGAAUAGCUAUUAGCAUAACAUUUGCCACUUGCUACUUUAUACUUUGGGGCGUCGACAGAAAAAUUGAGUUUGACAGUACAGCAAAGAAAUUUGGGAUAAACUGCGUCGACAUUGCAAAACAACUCCUUUCCUAUCCAGCUUCUGAAUUCAAGGUGAUGAUGGGUGGAGGAGCUGAAUUUCUAAAGGAAAAAUCUCGAGGCGGAAGACGUAAGGACGGAAUCAACAUAGAUUUGGAGUGGAAGAAGCUUGGCGGAAGAAGAGAAGUGUUGAAUGAUGUGUACGAUCUCCAAGCCGUCACAGCUAGUAAUCAUAAAUUGUUGGGUAUAUUUGCUCCUUCGCACCUUCCAACCUAUAUCCAACAGCAAAUUUCUGAAGAGAAAACAGUACCUCGACUAGUGGAAAUGACAGAAAAAGCGAUCGAUCAGCUUCAGUAUGACGAGAAGGGUUUCUUUCUGAUGGUGGAAGGUGGUGCCAUCGAUCUUAUGCAACACCAAAAUCAAAUGUACCUAGCGUUUGGUGAAUUGUACGAGUUCGAUGAAGCUAUUCGAAAGGCAAGAGAAAUGACGGACCCCUCAGAGACACUGAUUAUUGUCACAGCGGAUCACGGUCAUGCUGUCACAAUGCCGGGCUAUUUACCCGUUAAGAAAAGUGUAUUUGGCAGCGACAUAAGAAAGGGAUUUCAUGGUAACGAAGAGGUCAUUUAUGAAGUGCCCACCAUAUUUUUUGCAACCGGACCAGGAUAUCAGGGUGGUUACCGUUUGAAGAGUGGUCAUAUUGAUGUGGAAAAGCGAGAGAAACCUCAUUCUAAACUUCCAUCAGCAAUUCCAAUGAGAGUUGCUGCGCAUGGAGGCGAAGAUGUUGGUCUAUGGGCGGAUGGGCCACUUGCCGAGUUGUUUUCAUCAACGAUUGAAAACACUGAAGUGGGUUACAUUGUUAAAUUUUUGCUCUGUGAGGCGCACACGGAUAGCGCAUUCUGCAACGGCAGCCAUCCGACCCAAGGUCGAACGCCAAGGCAGUAUACAUCUGCUGAAGGACAUCUGAUCCACCAAGGGGAUACGAAAAGCCGGCACAAGUCUAUCAAAGGGAUUUCGGGACACUUUGAUUCAGAAAGCUUUACUGUGUUAGGCAUCUCACUGCUGGGAUUCACAAUCUUUUCUCUUCUUACAGUCAUAGUUGUCACAGUAUUGGUAUUUAUCAAUGUAAAAUACAGAAUCAAACAGCGAAAAUCAGCGGGCGUGGAUGACCCUGAAAAAUCGCCAGUUUAA